CUCGCAGCUCGUGUUUUUGUGCCGCAUUGCUGCUUGGAAAGCCUUCACCCGCAGACACAAGCACUCUCACAAGCAGCCAGCGCGCAUGCGACAAUGAAGCGCUUCCUCGGCGGGGAGGGCGCCUCGCGUAAACUCGCGAAGCUCACUGAGACAACACCAUCAGGAGACCCGACCGCCAUCGUCUCGUGGAACAUCAAUGGCGUCGUGCCGCGCAGCGAGAAGAACGCGGACGAGGUACGACGGUUCCUGGCGACGUGCGGCGCCGACUGCGUGUUCUUGAGCGAGGUGCGGCUCAAGGCCUAUUGUGGCGUGCCGAAACACAAAAAGGGCGACGGCCAUGAGCGGGACCGGCGGAGGCCACAAGCGAAGGACGAGGAAUUAGAUCGCGUCCGGGCGUUGUUCGAUCGCGACGCCUGGCACGCGCCCGUCUACUCGCUGAGCGACACGAAGUACGCCGGCUCCGCGGUUUUGUUGAAACGAGGCGGCGCGUCCCCGAAGCGCGUCUGGUUCGACCUGCCCCGCGUCGGCGAGCUGGACGAGGAGUCGCCCCGGUUCGGGACGCGCCACGAGCUUGAUGGACGGAUUAUACUGUUAGAAUACGAGACGCUGCUCCUGCUGCACACGUACAGCCCGAACAACGGCGUGGACGGCCCCCAUUUCGCGAAGCGAGCAGCCUGGGAAGAGAGGAUACGGACCUUCGCCCGGGAUAUCAAAGAGUGGGGCCGCAAGCCCCUCGUCUACGUCGGCGAUUUAAAUGUAGCGCCGCGCGACGAGGACCUGAGCCACCCGUCGUGGUUCAAGCGGGAGAACAACGUAAAUAAAAGAAGAUUGGGACGGCCGCCGGCGGGCGGCUGGGUCACGGAGCGCUUGGACCCCGACGACGAGGGCCAGCCCGGCUGCUCGGAACGCGAGUGCCGCAUGUUCCGCGAAUUGCUCAGCGAGGGCGCGCUGGUCGACGCGUUCCGCGCGAAGAACUCGGACGUCGACAUAGACGGCCCGAACUUCAGCUAUCGGGGCGCGGCGGGCGACGGUGGUCGAGGGCGCUACUACGGCAAGGGCAUGCGCAUCGACCACGCGCUCGUCUCCGUGAAGCUGGGCGUGGCGGCGUGCGAGCUGCUGGGCCGCGGCGCGGAGCGCAUCGGCUUCAUGGGCUCGGACCACUGCCCGCUGCGGCUGGUCCUCGGUGGCGGUGGCGAGUCGUUGGUCGUGCUCGGGUCGCAGAGCGGCGCGACGAUCGACGGCCGGGCGGUCGAGGCGCCCGUUGCUGCGCCGCCGCCGCCGGACGCGGACGAAGCGUUAACGACCGCGCUCGGCGAGCAGCGGGCCGGGGCCAUCCUCACGUUCGCCAACGGCUCGCGCGGCCGCGUCGACGUGCGGGGCCUAGACAAGGCGUCGCGCAUGGCCGUGCACCGCUGGGCGGAAUCCAGAGGUGGCUUCACGACGGCGAGUCGCGAGGUCCAGGGCAAGGGCACUGUCCUCCAGAUCAAGCGCAUCAAGCCGGAGCGCGCCGCCGCGCCCGCGCCGCCGCCCGCGCCGGCGCCUGCGCCUGCGCCCGCGCCCGCGCCGACGGUGAAGGCCGAGACGGCGCCCGCGCCCAAGAAGCGGAAGAAGCCCAUCCUCGACACCUCGUCGGACGACGAGGCCGCGCCGCCGCGCGCCAAGGCGCCGAAGCCGACGGUCGCGCCCGCGCCGCCGCCGCCGCCGCCACCGCCCCCGGCCGCUCCUGUGCCGGCCUCGCUCCACGGCCGCCUCGCGACGCUGCGCGACGCGGACGCCCACCGCUCCCUCGAGAAGGACCUGCGCAAGGCUCGCGACGCGACGUGCUUUAUCGGACGCGGCAAGGCCGGCUCCUCGACGGAAAAAUAUCGGCUGGCAGCGGGAGAUCUUGCGAACAAGGCGCGCUACUCGCCGCUCGACCGCGUCUUCGUCUCCGUGAACGGCCAGACCGCCGGGCGCGUGGCGCUCCUCCAGAACGGCGCGCUCUCGGCCGCGUACCGUUUACUGGAGGCGGCGACGGCGAAGGGCGUCACGAUCGUCGCGGACAAUCUGCAGGACCGCAGCCGCGGCUACAACCUGGGCGAGCAGGAGCUCGCGCACUGGCUCACGAGAAUCGCGCGGCCUCGCUACCACGAGGUCACCGUGGGCAGCGGCGUCUGGACGCCCGCCGACGACGCGCCACCUGCUCCGAAGCGCCCGCGACCGACGCCGCCGCCCCCACCCGUAGCCAGGGCGCCGGCGCCGGCGCCGGCACCGGUCGACCCCGGCGCCUGGACGUGCUUCUGCACGAGCGUCAACAAGGCCGAGGCCAUGGAGUGCUGGGUCUGCGGGUUACGGCGGCCCUGAGAGUUUGUUGAAAUAAGAAUGUUACUGUCCCUAGACACGCAACCGCGCCUCGCCACAGCCUGC